GUGGUGACCUUGCUCAAAGACCGAGGAGGGCGUUACCGCCAAGUGGCACUAACGCUCCACAAACAAGGAAGAACGGACGAAGCUAAGGAGUUCCUUGGGUAUCAGUAAGCAGUUCGAUUCUGCUCUUAGUGGCUACAUGUUGGGAGACAAUGUGGACCUCUCACUUAUACCCCCUGAUCCUACUGAGUACAUGGCGUCUAAGCAAGGAAACUCGGGACCAGUUGCUCCGCCCCCAGCUGCUAACCCGACUCCAGCUCCAGUCCGAGCCCCUGCACCAUCUUCUCCUGCCCGUCCCGCAGGUGUACUUGUAUCAGACGAGCAGGCCACCAUUGUCGCUCUUAACUUUAGACUGGAUGCUUACAAGAAACAGCAAGAGAAGGCCCAAGCGGAGGGUAACGGCAGUAAAGCGCGGAGAAUGGGACGAGUAGUCACCACGUGUCAAGACGUUAUCAAAUGUGUAAAGCUGAAGAGAACAGUUGAUUUCAAUGUGUUGCCAGAACUCCCCGGAGCUGAGCCUAUACCUCUUCCCCCUUACAUGGCAGGUCCCCGCCCCGCUGCUGUUCAACCCGCACAACCCGCCAGACAACCUGCACAACAACCCGCACAACCUCGACCAGCCCCUCAGCAGCCCGCUCAGCCUGCUGCUGCUCCUGCAGCUUCUUCUGGAGGAGACACCCUGUCUGAACUACAUAAGAGGAUGUUAUUCUUGACAGAUGCUGCUGAGAAGGCUAAAGAACAAGGCAACAGCAGCAAGGCUCGGAGAAUGGUGAGACUAAUAGAACAACACCAGCUCUUUGUGAAGGAAGUCAAAUCUCGUAAACCAAUCGAUAUGAGUGCCAUUCCUGAGUUACCAGGGUUUGAGCCAGUACCAGUACCUGACUACAUGAGAGCAAAACGGCCAGCUCCAGCUGCCCCGCAAGUACAAGUACAGGUUCCCGCAGCUGCAUCUCAGGUCUCCGUCAAGGAUCAACUCAAGCAAUCUACAGCAGAUAAAAACAUGGAGAUUUUACUGACAAGACAAGCGGAGUACAAGCAGGAAGCCCUUAAGUUGUACAAGGAAGGGGACCAAGUUGGGGCCAAAAAAUGUCUCGGACAGGCUAAAGGAUUCGACCAGAUGAUAGAGGCGUGCAAGAAAGGUCUCCCAGUUGAAAUGUCUAAAAUUCCCCCGAGUUUGAAUGCUCCUCCAGAGCGGCGGGUCUUAUCAAGACAGAACACACUGCCUCAUAUGAGUGGAGACGUGAUAGACAUGGGGCCCUCCACCGGAGACGUCGAGGAGAUAUUUAACCAACUGGUAUCUGAUCUGGAGCAUCAGAUCGAGAUGUGCAAGACAAACGCUCAGACUUUCCAAAAACUGGGCGAUCUGCCGUCUGCUAAACACUACGCACAGCUCUUCCAGAAUCAGGGCAAGGAUCUAGCUAAUCUUAAGGGAAUCUACAAACAGAAGAACGGUUUACCGCCGUAUCGCUACGAGGGUUGCAAGUUCCCAGUUCUGAACAGCUCCCCUGAGCUGUCAGAUCGUGAAGCUGAGAUUGUUAUUGUACGGUGUCUGAACGUUCCUGUACCUCAGGGCUGGAAACCCGAGGAUCUGAAAGUUUACGCAACUUGGGAGUUCACUCUUCAAGAUAAAACAGCCAAGGGUCAGACUAAAUCAUAUAAAGGUGGCAUCAACCCUGAUAUAUUCGAGCAGUUCCGAGUCGAUAUUGGUGACAGGAGUUCACGGUCGUUUGCACGUGCAAUAAAGCGCGGGAACGUUAAGUUUACAGCCUGGUACGAGCGAGGGUUCUUAAAGAAACCCGGUGAACUGGGAUGUGGGGUGGUAAAACUAGCUGACUGGGAAAACUUGGCUGAGGUUCAUGAAGCAGUUACUCUCCUGGAUGGCAGAAAACAAACUGCUACCAAAGUAGAAGUUAAAUUGAGGAUCAGAGAGCCAGUGGGAGGUGCACAAUGCGAGUUCCAGGAGAUGAAGUGGCUGGUAAUAGGGAGGUCCGGCCGCGCGCCUACCAACCCCCAACCUUCACUUUCAGUACCUAAAAAGGGCAGGAGUGGUGCGUCUCCUAAUACUAGAAGAAGACAGUAGUUUCUCGUUAGGGUUUUGGCAGUUUCUAAGAAGCUUAUUUUGUACUAAUAUCUACCGUAUCCCUAACCUUAACGUUGUCUACCCUAAAGUCUACCCUCGUCAGUCGGGCUUCUUGGAUACUGCCUGUUGUUGUGGGGGACCAGCAGAGUAAAGAGAUUUGUUCAGAGCAGGAGUUGGUGUGGGUCAUUUAAAACGAUUAAAUCAAGGCUCCGGUUAUUCUGUUGUUUAGAUGUCAUUUCUUUUGCUAAGUUCUAAAACCAGUGAUUUACGAAAAGUAUUGGUUUUCUUUGAAUGAUUAGAUUUUGUUUUUAGUUUUACGAUAUUGACGCAAACAAGAAACAAUCAGAUAGAUGAAAGCUUAUGUUUCGGGAUAGUAAUUCAUUUUAUAUGGUCAUAUCCAGGGUUGGCUGGACUAAAAAUCCAUCCGAAUUGAUAGCAGUAACAACCCUGGAUAAAUGUAUGUUCAUGAAUAUUAUUCAAUUUCCAAACAGAUUACACCAGGAAAUGUGUGAUGCAAAAACGGUUUACACUCAACGGAGUAUUUAAUUACUUAACUAUAUUAUUACGUUUUACUUUCUAGUCAAAUUACUGUCAAUAAUCGUGAUUUUGUACACUUCUUGAUAAUUUAAUAUAGUUUAGUUUAUAAAAUAAGGUGUUUCUUCGGCUGACUGUUACUACUAAGUCAGGAAUGUAGAAUUCAAUCAGACUAUGAAAUUGUGAAAUAGAAGGUGGUGUAGUACGCUAGAAAUGCCUUCGAUUUCGAAUUCAGCUUGGAGCGGGUUUAUUUUUAGCUUUCGAAUGAUACAUGAUGUUAAUCUUAAGAUUUUAACUGAAGAUGCACCUUAUACCUCCUGUCAGUGGCAAUGAAUUAUAUGAAAUAUGGAAUAGGCAAUGAAUAUGGAAUAGGUACCGAAAAGAUCAAUUUACCUGGCACGCCAGUCCCUGUGCGCGGCGCUCUUUUCAAGCUUCCUGAACAGGAGAGAAGCGAGCAAGAGACUAGCAAGUUAAGUAAAGAUCAAUUAGAUUAAUUCAUGGGAAGAGUUAGUGCAAAAAUUAUGUUUUGUUGGAUUCAUUAAUAUUUCGUUGUUAAUAUAUGCUACAAACUUUUUGUGAUAUUCCUGUCUCGUUUGAUAUGUUUAGUAUCAGAA